AUGGCCGCCUCCGCACUCAACGCGUCUUCGGUUUUCCUCGGCUCGCGCGUCGCGACCCCGUCGACGCGACGCGCAUCGCGAUCCAAGCGCGCCUCAAAAGUCGCCGUCCGCGCGAAGCAGUGCGAAGAGUCCGACCUGAUGGCGAAGUACCCCGAGGGCGGACCCGUGUUCAGGGUGUCCAUCGACUGCACCAUGGGCACGAACAGCACGGGGAUCGUCAUGAAGGAGGGCGACGAGGGACGGCCGGAGGUGAGCGCGAUUCGACCGGGCGGGACCGCGAAGAACAAGCUCAAGAUCGGCGACGUGUGCCUGGGCGUGACGUACACGGAGCUCGUCGCCGACCCAAACAACAAGACGCUAAACUGGGGCACGCCGCAAGUCGGAUGGUUCGACACGGAGGGCGAGAAGUACCAGGUGUCCAUCGCGGCGAUGGAGACUAACUCUACGACGCUCGACAUGAUCAUGUUCCGGCCGGAGUGA